ACAAAGUGUCUCUAAAUAAACACAUUCUCAAGUUUAAUUAACCAAAAAAAGAAGAAGAAGAUGAGCUUCCCCAAAUUCUUCCCCCUUUUUGUCUUCCUUUACUUUGGCCAAUAUUUUUCAUCUGUUACUCAUGCUGCCACUUUUAACAUUAUCAAUCGGUGCACCUACACAGUUUGGGCCGCCGCCUCCCCUGGGGGAGGCAGGCAGCUCAACUCGGGCCAAUCUUGGAACCUAGAUGUGAAGCCUGGAACAAUCCAAGCUCGCAUUUGGGGCCGAACCAAAUGUAACUUUGAUGGUAAUGGUCGAGGCAAAUGCGAGACUGGAGACUGUAAAGGGCUUUUACAAUGUCAAGGCUAUGGUAGUCCACCCAACACUUUAGCUGAAUUCGCACUUAAUCAGCCCAAUAACCUGGACUAUGUCGAUAUUUCUCUUGUCGAUGGAUUCAACAUUCCUAUGGAAUUUAGCCCAACCAAUGGUGCCUGCCGUAAUCUUAGAUGCACAGCACCUAUUAAAGAGCAAUGUCCAAGUCAAUUACAAACACCAGGCGGAUGUAACAAUCCAUGUACUGUUUUCAAGACUAAUCAAUAUUGUUGUACAAAUGGACCUGGAUCAUGUGGACCUACUGAUCUCUCAAGAUUUUUUAAGACAAGGUGCCCAAAUGCUUAUAGUUAUCCACAGGAUGAUCCAACUAGUUUGUUUACAUGUCCUGCUGGUACAAAUUACAGGGUUGUUUUCUGCCCUUAAUUAGAACUAUAUAUAACUACACUAGUAGUACUAAGAAGUAUUGAAUAAAAAGAAAGUGACAAAGAGGAGAGAGCUGGUGGGAUGUCUUGUUCACCGUUGUCACAUUCAUUUGCAGUUGAUAUAUAGUACGUAUCUGUUAAAUUAUUAAAUGAGUUAAGCUUCAUCAA